ACCUGCUUCAACACCAACACCAAAACCAACACCACACCACAACCUGACGCUCGAGCAGAUAGCCACGCUCCGCGCUAAGGAUGGUCUCGCUUCCCCAUUACCCACCGCGCCUCUCAGAGCAAGGUAUCGCCACGCUCUCUCUCGAUUCUCAAGACUAUGCCUUUUCUCACAACUUGCAAUACCGACCCGUCUCAUCGGCGUCAAGUCGAGCUUCAACUUCCGCUCCGAGCACAACAUCCACCAUUCACGCUCCUCAUUCGCUCUUGCCCGUCCUUUUCCCUCGACAUUUGUUCAACAAAGCUCAGAGGUUGAUGAAGGAUUAUUCGACGCUUUAUGCGCGGGUUGCGAGUGAUCAGGAAUGGCUCAAAAGCGUAUUGUACAAGAGCAAGGAGUUUGAUACUUUUGCACAGAGACUUUGGAGUGUGUGGGAUGAGAGCGAGGAGCGGGACCAGCUUCAUCUCGGCUUAUUUCGAUCAGACUAUCUGCUGCAUGAUCCCGCAGCUACGUCGGCGCAGGACCAGGUAGACGUGUCAAAGUUGGAACUGAAGCAGGUGGAAUUCAACACGAUAAGCGCUAGCUUUGGACCUUUGGCGGGCGUCGUCAGCAGAUUGCAUGCACACGCGCAAUGGCAGCAUCCCGAUCUCUUUCCCGCAAGCGCUACCAUACCUCCCAACGAAGCACUCUCCACUCUGGCAGGCGGCCUAGCGGAAGCGCAUCGUCUCUACCUGUCCCAGUCUCAGCUAUCAAGCUCAGUCUCCUCCACCUCCUCAUCGCAGCGCGCUCAGACAAGCAUCCUGUUCGUGGUGCAAGAAGGCGAAAGAAACGUGUUCGAUCAACGUUUUAUCGAGUGGGAACUAGCUCGAGCUCACGGCAUCAGGGUUGUGCGUCGGACAUUUGAGGAACUGUCGACCGAAGCAAGGAUAGACUCGUUGGGCGCUCUGCACGUUCUACAAGCCGACCUGCUCGAUCGGCCCAUCUCCGACGCCGAACGAACCAAAGAAGCUCAAAUUUCCGUAGUCUACUACCGAGCUGGUUAUUCUCCCGAUGAUUAUGUCGACUCGACGGGAGACGAGGAGAAAGCUUGGGCAGUGCGAUCAAGGUUGGAAAAGAGCAGGGCUAUCAAGUGUCCUACUGUGGCGUUGCAGAUGGCGGGCGCCAAGCGCGUACAACAAGCUCUGUGCGAAAAAGGAGCAGUGGAGAGGUUCUUGCCGGAUCUUGCCUCUGCGAGGAUCGAAGAGCUUCGAAGCACGUUUAUGGGAAUGUGGAACUUUGAACAGACUGAUGACGCCGUCUCUACCGAAUUCGAAUUGGAAGCGCUAAGAUUGGCGAGAGAAGAAUCGCACCGGUUCGUGCUUAAACCGAUGAGGGAAGGAGGAGGGAACAAUAUCUAUAGAGAUGAUAUACCCAAAGCUUUGAAAGAUGGCCUCAAUCCUGCGGCGUAUGUCCUCAUGGAACUCAUACAGACUCCAAGAGGCGCGAGGAGCUGGAUGUUGAGAGCACCACCCGGCGGCACUAGGGAUGAAGAAAGCGGCGAGGCGAACCGGAGUGGCACGAAGGGUGGAGCUGUAGUGGCAGAAGAUACGGUCAGCGAAUUGGGAACGUACGCUUCGGUCCUUUUCCGCUCUCGAUCUCGCUCUGCCGCACGCGCGCAAAUAUCGAAAAGCUUGGAUGCAGCUGCUGCUGCUGCUGCGGCGGCAACGGCGGCGGCGGCGGCGGAACAGGCAGAAGAGGGACAGAGUGCGAGGAUGACGCAAGAGGACAUGGAUAGGGACACGAGCAAGAACAGCAGUAGCAGCAGCGCGGAUAUCUUGUACAUGCAGAAUCGGGGUCAUUUGAUCAGGACCAAGGCGAGAGAAUCGGAUGAGGGCGGUGUGGCCGUCGGAUUCAGCGUCAUCGAUAGUCCGCUGCUCAUCUAAUCCCGCACACACAAUCGAAGCACAUUCUUGCCCCAUGAGCAAAUAGACGGGGGCGAGGGAGGGGGGGGGCGCUCGAAAAUGUCAAAUUGGAAAAGUUUGACGCCUUCGAUUGUUUUGACGAUCAUUCUGAAAAUCUUCAAGGCCGAGGAAAGGCUUGCGCCAAAAGAAAAGGGGGAUGCGUUUGGCGCCCCCCAAGUAUUUGAGAGGGAUAGAGGUGGAGGGGGAUGUGCGAAGUAAAGUCCAAAAGUGAUGCGUAAAGCGCGAGUGCAGUCACGGUAUGGGCGGAAGUACGGGGAGGAGGAGGAGAG